AAACACCAUGAAUACUGAAAUAGUCACACAUCAAAUAAAAUCUUUUUUAUCAUAAGGGUUUUAUCAGCUGUUUUAUUACAAGGGUUUAUUGGUGGUCCCUGUGUGUUUUAGAGCAUAUGCAUACCUGGACUACUGCGGUUUUGAGAAGUCAUGUAACGUUUAACUGAUCGAUGUCAACGAAAUCCAUUAUUCGUGUCUUAGAGCAAGGGUCUCCGAAUCAAUUAUUUGCAACUACAGUAAACCAAAGUUCAGCAAAGUCUUGUGCAUGAAUACCUUAGGAGACGUUCAAACUUCACACCAAAGCUUUUACCCCGACAACGCAACCGGCGCAUUGUUCAUGGACUGAUAAACAAAGCAGAAGUAUCAUAGCAACUAAAGCGCUCGGCUAAAAAAAACUGACAAUCGGCGUCCUGUGGUUUUCAGUCGCGAUUAAAACUUUGGUGUAAAACCCUUACUGUGGAAUAUAGCAUCAUUGAAAAGAGAAGACAUGGCCUCCAAAACAUUCACGUUUUCAGCUCGUUUACUCCGUCAGUGCUUACAGAAAUAUCCGCGUGUUUUGCGCGUGGAUCCGGCGCGGCUGUAUCACGGAUCCCCGGCGGUAACAUCAGGGUCUGCAGUCCGCACAGUGGACCUCCGGAGCGACACGGUCACCAAACCCGGACCUGCCAUGCGCAGAGCCAUAGCUGAGGCCGAGGUUGGAGAUGAUGUGUUUGGAGAGGAUCCAACUGUUAAUGAACUUCAAAAAGAAGCUGCUGAUAUGUUUGGUAUGGAGGCCGCUUUAUUUGUCCCCACAGGAACGAUGAGUAAUCUGAUUUCAGUUAUGGUGCACUGCAGAGAACGAGGAGAUGAGAUGAUAGUAGGUGACCUCUCUCAUAUUCACAUCUCUGAGCAGGGUGGAUGUGCACAGCUUGCAGGUGUCCAUUCUGUAGCAGUGACCACACUAACCGAUGGCACCUUUGAUCUAGACCAGCUACUAUCCAAGAUCCGUCAUGGUUACCCUGACCCGCACUACCCACGCUCUCGCCUGGUGUGUGUGGAAAACACCCACAAUACUCAGGGAGGGCGAGUCCUUCCACUUUCAUUCCUGCAAGAGCUUCGCUCUGUGGCUGAUAAGUUUGGUCUGGCAGUGCAUAUGGAUGGAGCGAGGUUAAUGAAUGCAGCCGUUGCUCAGGGUGUUCAUCCCUCUGUUAUACUACAACAUUGCCACUCCGUCAGUGUGUGUCUAUCCAAGGGACUGGGGGCACCUGUAGGAUCCAUGCUUGGUGGGUCCAAAGAUUUCAUAGAGAGAGCAGUUCGUGCCCGCAAGGCACUUGGUGGAGGAAUGCGCCAAGCGGGUAUUUUAGCAGCAGCUGGUAGGAUCGCCCUGUCGGACAUGAUUGGCAGACUGGAAGAGGACCACAGGAAUGCCAGACGCUUUGCUGAAGCACUUACACAGUGUGACCCUCCUCUGUACCAGCUGGACCUGGCCACUGUGGAAACAAACAUUUUAAAGUUUUGUCUUCAGGACCAGCAGAUGAGCCCAAAUGAGUUCUGUGAGCGUAUGGCAAGGGUUGAUGAGCAGGAGGUGAAGGCUUUGGGUCAGGGGGUCCGGGUGCUGAUGUUCUCUCAUGUUGGAAAUGCAGUCAGGGCUGUGUGGCAUCUGGGUAUCAGUGAGGAAGAUACUGAACUGGCUAUAGAGAAGGCUCGGUUUGUGGCCCAACAGCACAGAUACAAGUUCGUCAAGACAGCAUGAAAACAAUAAUUUUCAUCCAAGACAACUGUUUUCACAACAGUCUCAGUUAAUCUAAAAAAAAAACUCCAGCGAACUUAAAGAGACACUCCACUUAUAUGCUAAUUUUCAGCUCCUCUAGAGCUCCUCCAUUUUGGAAUCCAUUCAGCUGAUCAUUGGGUCUGGCGGUACGACAUUUGACAACUUUUAAUAGCAGGGGACUAUUUUCGGGCAGUGCAUAAUAUCAUUGCGCCUCCUGCAGCCAUGUUACAUCAACAAAGUCCUUGAUUAUUACGCCAGAAUGAGAGUAUAGUUCCUAGCAAUAUCUGCCUAUUUUUUCGUCGGUCUUAGUACAUAAUGUAACUACAACCACAACUCUUUGGUUAUUUUUAGCGUGAUGCUAAUGGUCUAAUCAGAUUCACUGGAUUAUGCUAAGCUAUGCUUAAAGUGGUACUGCCAGACCCAGAGAUCAGCUGAAUGGAUUCCAAAAUGGUAUAAAUAUUCUCUAUGGGAGCUGAAAAAUGAGCAUAUUUUCAAAAAAAAUGCCCCUUUUUUACACUCCAGAAAAAAGUGUAAGAAUUACACUUCUUAAAGAAAAAAGAAGUGUACAUUCUUCAAGAAAAAAGAUAGGUUCUUUGACAGGAAUAACAGUAUGGCUCCAUAAGGACCUUAUGUUGCACAAAAGGGUUAUUUGUAGAGAAAAAUGGUUUAUUAGUGGCAUCACUGGAAAGAACCCCUUUUAGCACCUUUAAGAGUGCAAUGUACCAUCUUUUACCCGGUUUGAAAACCAAGCCAAGACUUCCACUAUUAUAUUAUACUAUUAAAGGGGUGUUGCAAUAA